CAAGGAGCCGGGAGGCGGGAGGCGGGAGGCGGCGGCCACGGCGGCAGCGGCUGCUGCAGAGGUGCAGGUGGAGGCGACCAGCGGCGUCCGAGGCGGUUAGGACAGUGCCUGGCGGUCGGAGCUCUUUUUUGGCAGACACAACAUCUUUGUUUGUAUGUGGUGCUGAGGAUCGAACCCGGGCCGCACGCGUACCAGGUUUAAUCUAGAGACUGACUGUAUGAUAGAAACACCCACACUUUUAUCAAUGGUCGGGGAAAGACAGUGGCAACAGGCGAAGAGAGACUGAAUCACAAAGACAAUGAGUCUGCUGAAGCCAAGCGGGCUGAAGGCCCCUACCAAGAUCCUCAAGCCGGGAAGCACAGCCCUGAAGACACCUGCUGCUGCUGCAGCCCCGGUAGAAAAAAUGAUAUCUAGUGAAAGAGCCUCGAGUGCUCCCUCCACUGAGACCCCAGAGGAGUUUGUGGAUGACUUUCGAGUUGGAGAGCGUGUUUGGGUGAAUGGGAAUAAGCCUGGAUUCAUCCAGUUUCUUGGAGAGACUCAGUUUGCCCCAGGCCAGUGGGCUGGGAUCGUUUUAGAUGAACCCAUUGGCAAGAACGAUGGUUCUGUGGCAGGAGUUCGGUAUUUCCAGUGUGAACCUUUAAAAGGCAUCUUUACCCGACCUUCAAAGUUAACCAGGAAGGUGCAGACAGAGGACGAAGCCAAUGGCCUGCAGACAGCUCAGGCAUCCAGAGCCGCUUCACCUCUGUCCACGUCUGUAGCCAACAUGGUGUCCUCCUCAGCCACACCCUCAAACAUUCCCCAUAAGUCUUCCCAGCCAAGAGCCAAGGAACCGCCAGCCACGCCUCAGAUCAGCAACCUUACGAAAACUGCCAGCGAGUCAAUCUCCAACCUUUCUGAGGCUGGCUCAGUCAAGAAAGGAGAGCGAGAGCUCAAAAUUGGAGACCGAGUGUUGGUUGGUGGCACCAAGGCUGGUGUUGUCCGGUUUCUUGGGGAGACUGACUUUGCCAAGGGGGAAUGGUGUGGUGUGGAGCUGGACGAACCUCUUGGGAAGAAUGAUGGUGCCGUCGCUGGAACAAGGUAUUUUCAGUGUCAACCCAAAUAUGGCUUGUUUGCUCCGGUCCACAAAGUGACCAAGAUUGGCUUCCCUUCCACUACACCAGCCAAAGCCAAGGCUGCCGCAGUGAGGCGCGUAAUGGCCACCACGUCUGCCAGCCUGAAGCGCAGCCCGUCCGCCUCCUCCCUCAGCUCCAUGAGCUCCGUGGCCUCCUCUGUGAGCAGCAAGCCCAGUCGGACAGGACUAUUGACUGAAACCUCCUCCCGCUACGCCCGCAAGAUCUCGGGCACCACUGCCCUCCAGGAGGCGCUGAAGGAGAAGCAGCAGCACAUUGAGCAGCUGCUGGCUGAGCGGGACCUGGAGCGGGCCGAGGUGGCCAAGGCCACCAGCCACGUGGGGGAGAUAGAGCAGGAGCUAGCCCUGGCCCGGGACGGGCAUGACCAGCAUGUCCUGGAGCUGGAAGCCAAGAUGGACCAGCUGCGAACCAUGGUGGAAGCAGCCGACAGAGAGAAGGUGGAGCUUCUCAACCAACUGGAGGAGGAGAAAAGGAAGGUUGAGGACCUUCAGUUCCGGGUUGAAGAAGAAUCAAUUACCAAAGGCGAUCUUGAGGUGGCUACAGUGUCAGAAAAGUCUCGGAUAAUGGAAUUAGAGAAAGACCUAGCGCUGAGAGCACAGGAAGUGGUUGAGCUCCGAAGAAGGCUGGAGUCCAGUAAGCCUGCUGGGGACGUGGAUAUGUCACUUUCCCUUUUGCAAGAGAUAAGCUCUUGGCAAGAAAAGUUAGAAGUCACACAGGCUGACCAUCAGAGGGAAAUAACUUCUCUGAAGGAGCACUUCGGGGUCCGGGAAGAGACAUAUCAGAAGGAGAUAAAGGCUCUGCACACAGCCACAGAGAAACUUUCCAAAGAGAAUGAGUCCUUGAGGAGCAAGCUUGACCAUGCCAACAAGGAGAAUUCAGAUGUGAUAGCUUUGUGGAAGUCCAAACUGGAGACUGCCAUUGCGUCCCAUCAGCAGGCGAUGGAGGAGCUGAAGGUGUCCUUUAGCAAAGGGGUUGGGACAGAGUCCGCUGAGUUUGCUGAAUUAAAGACGCAAAUAGAGAAACUGAGAGUAGAUUACCAGCACGAAAUAGAAAAUUUACAGAACAAACAAGACUCUGAGCGGUCUGCGCACGCUAAAGAGAUGGAAACCCUAAGAUCUAAACUGAUGAAGAUCAUUAAGGAAAAGGAGACCAGCCUGGAAACCAUCCAGUCCAAACUGGACAGAGCAGAAGACCAGCACCUAGUAGAAAUGGAAGAAGCCUUAAACAAAUUGCAGGAAGCUGAAAUAAAGGUAAAGGAGCUAGAGGUACUGCAAACCAAAUACAGUGAACAAACCAAGGUCAUUGAUAAUUUUACAUCACAGCUAAAGGCUGCUGAAGAAAAGCUCUUGGAUCUUGAUGCACUUCGGAAAGCCAGUUCCGAAGGUAAAUUGGAUAUGGAGAAACUUAGACAGCAGCUUGAGGCAGCUGGGAAACAGAUUCAAAAUUUAGAGAUUGAAAAGAAUGCUGAAAGUGACAAGGCUAGUAGCAUUGCCAGAGAGCUCCAGGGAAAAGAGCUAAAGCUUACUAACCUUGAGGAAAACUUGAGUGAAGUCAGUCGAGUGAAAGAGGCUUUGGAAAAAGAACUUCAUAUUUUGAAAGAAAAAUUUGCUGAUGCUUCGGAGGAGGCAGCCUCUGUCCAGAGAAGUAUGCAAGAAACUGUAAAUAAAUUGCACCAAAAGGAAGAAGAGUUUAACAUGCUGUCUUCUGAAUUGGAGAAGUUAAGAGAAAAUUUAUCAGAUAUGGAGGCGAAAUUUAGAGAACGAGAUGAAAAAGAAGAGCAGUUGAUAAAGGCAAAGGAAAAAUUGGAAAAUGACAUUGCCGAAAUAAUGAAGAUGUCAGGAGAUAAUUCUUCUCAGCUGACGAAAAUGAAUGAUGAAUUACGUCUGAAAGAAAGAUGUGUGGAAGAAUUACAGCUAAAACUUUCAAAGGCCAAUGAAAAUGCGAGUUUUCUUCAGAAAGGUAUUGGGGAAAUAACUCUUAAAGCUGAACAGAGCCAGCAGGAAGCAGCCAGAAAGCACAAGGAAGAAAGGAAAGAAUUGGAGGAAAAAUUGUUAGACCUGGAAAAGAAGGUGGAAAUGAGCCACAACCAGUGUCAGGAUCUGAAAUCCAGGUAUGAAAAGGCCAGUUCUGAGACGAAAACAAAGCAUGAAGAAAUUCUGCAGAACCUACAGAAGGUGCUGCUGGCCACGGAGGAGAAGCUGAAGGCUGCCCAGGAGGAGAACAGAGGCCUGAUGCAGGAGAUGGAGGACCUGAAAGUACAGGCUGACAAAGCCAAAUCGCUAACUUAUUUGUUAACAUCAGCCAAAAAAGAAAUUGAACUAAUAUCAGAAGAGCUGAGGGGUCUGAAAUCAGAGAAGCAGCUUCUUGCUCAGGAGGGGAAUGCUUUAAAGUUAGAAAAAGGUUCGCUUUUAUCAAAGCUUGUAGAAGUGGAGGCCAAAAUGACUUUGCUUCAGGAAGACCAGCAGAAACUGUGGUCAGUAAAUGAAACUCUUAAUUUAGAGAAGGAGAAAGUCUUAGAAGAAAAACAAGAUGUUGAAAAGCUUUACCAGCAGGAACAUCUCCAUAAAGAAUCUUUGGCUGUCGAGAGAGAGAAAUUGCUUAAAGAAAUCAAUGUUGCACAGGAAGAACUCUUAAAGAUACAUAGGGAGAAUGACUCUUUGCAAGCUUCCAAGGCAGGUGUGCAGGUGCUCAUUGAUGAGCUCCGGUUCCUCAAAGAUACCAUGACAGCUGAGUCGGAGAAGGCGAGGGCAGAAAAAAACCACCUGGAGGAUCAGAUCAAGAAGCUUACUGCAGAAAAUCUCCUCUUAGUAAAAGAUAAGGAUGACAUGAUUCAGAAGCUUCAGAGCGCUUAUGAGGAGCUAGUCAAGGAUCAGAAAGCUUUGGUCCAGGAGAUUGAAGAGCUCACGUCAGAGAAGAAGUCAGUGGUAGAGAAGAAGUCAAGCCUUGAUAAUGCAUGCCUGGUCCUGAAAACAGAACGAGAUGACCUCCUCCAGAGAAACAGAGACCUACAAUUUGAGAAGGACGUGCUGCGUCAGGGUCAGGAAAAGCUGAAUGCCAACUUGGAGGCUGCCCUCCAGGUCAAGCAGCUGCUCAGCACAGAGGCUGAGACGCUGCACACGCAGCUGGACUGUGCCAGCAAAGCACUGAGAAAGGCUGAGCUGGAGACAAGGCAACUUCAGGCCACCAACACAAGCCUCACAAAGCUCCUGGAGGAGAUUAAGACCAGUCGAGCGAUCACAGACUCUGAGUGCAUCCAGCUUCUCCAUGAGAAAGAGACUUUGGCAGCCUCUGAAAGGAAACUCCUGGCCGAGAAGGAGGAACUUCUAAGUGAAAAUAGGAAUAUCGCUGAAAAAUUCAGCAAGCGCUCGGAAGAAGCCACCCAUGUUGAGAAGAGCCUGAAUGAGAAGAUCACAUACCUAACUUCUGAGAAAGAGAUGGCUUGUCAGAAAAUAACUAAGCUUAAAAAGCAACAGGAGAGUCUCUUGCAAGAAAAAUCAGCCCUGGAAAUGCGAAAUGGAGAUUUACUUGCAGAGAGAGAAAGUUCCAUCAAAGCCAUAGGAGACCUUAAAAGGAAGUAUGAUCAAGAGGCUGCAAACAAAAGGAUAAUUGUGCAUGAGAAGAUGAAACUACUCAGCAGUGUUGAUGCUCUGAAAAAAGAACUUCUGGAGAGAAAAAGGGAAAACCAGGAACUGGUGACCAGUAAGUGUGACCUUUCUUUGAUGCUGGAAGAGGCUCAAAAUGCCAAAGAGAAUCUUGAAAAAGAACACACCAGUAUGAUGCAAGCAAAGGAGAAUCUGAACGCUGAGCUUAAGACUUGUUGCUGUGAAAAGAACAUUUUGCUGAGGGAUGGCUUGAACCUGCAAGAAGAAUGUCAGAAGUUAAACAAGACGAUCCAUGAAAUGCAGCAGUCCUUAAUGCUGGAAAAAGAGGCCAGAGUGAAGGAAAACGAGUCAUCCUUGUAUGAAAACAAUCAACUCCACGGGAGAAUGGUGCUCCUGCAGCAGGAGGUGGAGGAGUUAAGAGUGUGUACUGAACAGCUCCAGUCUGAGAAAUUCACACUAAUCCAAGAAAAGACUAAAUCGGAGCAAAAGGUGGUAGAGAUCAUUAAAGAAAAGGAACUCUUGAGUGUGGAAACAGCUCAGCUCGCUGCCAACAUAGAGACCCUGAAAAGCGAUUUUGCUACCUUGUCCAAGUCCAAGUUAGAACUGCAGGAGCUGCACAGCUGCCUCUCCAAGAUCCUGGGUGACCUCCAGCUGAACCAUGAAGUGACUGUGGCUGAGAGAGCCCAAGUGAUACAAGACAACAAGAACCUUCUGGCUGAGAAAAGAGAGCUGAUGCUUAGAAAGGAUGAGAUCCUGAAGGAGAAGGAAAAGCUGGGAGAAAGCUACUUCAUUCUCCAGAAGGAGAUUAGCCAGCUGGCCCAAACCAAUAGCCACAUUUCAGCCAACCUCCUAGAAUCUCAGAGUGAAAACCGUACUUUGAGGAAAGACAGGAGCAAGCUUACCCUUAAAAUUAGAGAGCUUGAGACUCUUCAUUCAUUUACGGCUGCUUGGACUGCGGAAGAUGCCAUGCAGAUAAUGGAGCAGAUGACCAAGGAGAAGUCCGAGACUUUGGCCUCCCUGGAGGACACCAGGCAAACAAACGCAAAACUGCAAAGCGAAUUGGACACGCUUAAAGAAAACAACUUGAAAAAUGUGGAAGAGCUGAACAAAUCAAAAGAACUUCUGACUGUAGAGAAUCAAAAAAUGGAAGAAUUCAGGAAAGAAAUAGAAACCCUAAAGCAGGCGGCAGCUCAGAAGUCCCAGCAGCUUUCAGCACUGCAAGAAGAGAACGUCAAACUUGCCGAGGAGCUGGGGAGAAGCAGGGACGAAGUCACAAGUCAUCAAAAGCUGGAAGAAGAACGAUCUGUGCUCAAUAAUCAGUUAUUAGAAAUGAAAAAGAGAGAAUCCAAGUACAUAAAAGAGACAGAUGAAGAGAAAGCUUCCUUACAGAAAUCCAUCAGUAUUACUAGUGCUUUACUCACAGAGAAGGAUGCAGAACUGGAAAAGCUGAGGAAUGAGGUCACAGUGCUCAGGGGAGAAAACGCUUCUGCCAAGUCUCUGCAUUCGGUUGUUCAGACUCUAGAGUCUGAUAAGGUGAAGCUCGAGCUCAAGGUAAAGAACUUGGAGCUUCAACUCAAAGAAAACAAGAGGCAGCUCGGCAGCUCCUCAGGUAAUACUGAUACUCAGGCAGAAGAGGAUGAGAGAGCCCAGGAGAGUCAGAUUGACUUCCUAAAUUCAGUAAUAGUGGACCUUCAAAGAAAGAAUCAAGACCUCAAAAUGAAGGUGGAGAUGAUGUCAGAAGCAGCUCUUAAUGGCAAUGGGGAUGACCUGAACACCUAUGACAGCGAUGACCAGGAGAAACAGACCAAGAAAAAGCCCCGCCUCUUCUGUGAUAUCUGUGACUGCUUCGAUCUCCAUGACACAGAGGACUGUCCCACCCAGGCACAGAUGUCCGAGGACCCACCCCAUUCCACACAUCAUGGUAGUCGGAGUGAGGAGCGGCCUUACUGUGAGAUCUGUGAGAUGUUUGGGCACUGGGCAACCAACUGCAAUGAUGACGAGACCUUCUGAUGUGGUGGCGUGCAGCACGGGCCCUCAGAGGCACUCGCAUCUCAGCAACUGAACACCAGCACUGCGUGCGCAGACUUCAGGAGAACUCAUGUUAUUUUUGACCCCUGUCAAGAAAUCUAAGAAAAUAUUUUGGUCUUCAACAAAUCAUCUUUUAGUCUCCCCUUAUAAGUUAGAAUAAUAAAUAUUAGUAGGUGAGAGUUCACCUCUAAUUUUGUUUUCCUGAUUUUUCAGUUUUAAGACUGCACCAGAUGCCAUUACAUUUAUUGUUCUACAGAGACCUCUAGAACAAGCCCUUCCCUUACCUUAUUUAAGAAACUUUAAAUUAUGCUGUUACUCUUCAUAUUUGCACUAAAUAUUUCUGGGCUGCAUUUGUAUAUUUAGGUUUUUGGUUUUUGGGGGGGUUUUUUUGGUUAAGCAUUGACACUGGAAUGAGUUGCAAAAGAUACCAUUUUGCAUUUUCAUUUACUCUAAAUUUAAAAGUAUUUUAUAAUAUCUGAGCUCUUUGCACUACCUGUUGUCAGUAGUGCCUUUUUUUGUAGGCUGGACAAUACUGGGUGUGAUUAUAAAUCAUGAAACAGGUAGAAGGGAGGGGAAAGCCCCCAAACUGCUGUGGGGACAUUUUAUAAUCUAUAUGCUGCAUCCACUUACUCAACUGUGGUGUUUUCUUUCUUGGUUUUACAUAAUUUUUUGCAUAUAUAUAUAUAUAUAUAUAUAUAUGCAAAUAUAUAUAUAUAUAUAUUUGCAAAUAUAUAUAUAUAUAUUUGCAAAUAUAUAUAUAUAUAUAUCAUAUGUAUAUAUUUUUCAAAAAAAUCUAUAUUUUGGGGAAAAACAAAAUGUUUUUCUGUUCAGAUUUUUACCUUUAUGAAAAAUAAAACACUUGUAAAAUCAUCAGGAUGUAACAGACUAGGCCAAAAAUAGCAUCUUGCAGCUUCACAGUUAUUUUAUCUUCUGUUUCCAUUUUGGUUCUUUACCAGAUCUAAAUAGAUGAAAGAAUUUCCUGUAAUUAUUUUUUCUUCUCUAGCAAACAUCCCCAGCAUUGAAUUAUCAAGCCACUGUAAAAUGCCUAAAUUAACCAAUCUACAGUCUUCCUUUACAAGAUUUUUAACUAUUCUUAGAUGAAUGUACGAUGAGAAAUUCAACAUUAAUAAUUUUGAAUUUUCUUAUCACAAAAUAAUAAAGUGAAGGACCUCAACCUCCAGAAUAGUUUAUCAACCAGUCUGAAUCUAUUUAUCUUCAUUUGAAUGUCUUCUAGAAUAUGUAAAAUGUAAUAAAAUGUAUCUUCCAUGCUACAUGUAUAAUAAGAAAUUCUAUAAUUGUAUAUAUGCCUUUGAUGUAUUUUACCCUAAGAUUAUCAGUUGUGUUUGACAAGUGAAUAUUAAAUGUUACCAGUAGAAAUUUUUGGUUAAUAUAAUAGGAAUUGUUUCACAAAAAGAAAACAUGUAAAGCAGUAUUAAAAUUUGAGCAUACAA